UUUGGGCAUUCGGCGCGACACUUCGCCGAAAGUAAUAGAAAGUGAUCAACAAGCGAUCUGCAGAGUGAUUCAACUCUUGAUGCAUGAGUUCAAGCAAAAAUGUAUAAACAGAUAAAUAUCAACUCUUGAGUGUGUUUAAAUGAUUUUCAGAAGAAAUUGAAUUUAUAAAUAACAAAAAAAAAAAAAAAUUGUAUUUUAGCAAAAGUUUUGAUUAAACUAAGAAGUGAUUUCAUAAUUCGCAAAAUGGAAACAGUAAGCACAAAAGCGCUCAGCAAUAAAUCAUCCUUUUCCAUCGCGAAUAUAUUAGAGAGUAAAACGCUGCCUGCGCCACACACACCGCCCGCCGCGCACCAUAACGCGCAUAACAGCGAACACAUGCCGACGGUUGCGAAUAUGAUCAGUGCAACAUCCUCAUCGAUAAAGAACACCACCACUAACAGCCUCGUUCAUACACUGCAGUCGCGUAUCGGUGAGCCGAUUCCGCCAACAAGCGCCAAUCCCAUGGCAACAACAACAGGUUAUUCGACGCUACCGCCGGAUGCACAAUCCGCUUUCAAGAAUCUACUACUCAAGAGUGAUCAUGUCGCUGACGGCACACCAUUGUUGCCAUCGUCGGGCGCUUUGCGCUUUGAACCCGUCUACGAUCAUGCUUCGCUGAUCUAUCAACAAAUGCUGAACAUGCAAAAAAACUCGGCUUUAUUUAUGCCGCACUUUCAAGCGGCGGCAGUGGCGGCUGCGGUAACACCGUCGGGUUAUUGCGAUCAAUACAAUCCCUUUUUGGAAUGCGAAGGGUUCCCUGGCAAUGCUGCCGCUGCUGCUCUCUACUGUAAUGCUGCCUAUCCGGGCUUUUAUAUGCCCAAUUUUGGUGUUAAACGUAAGGGCGGGCAAAUUCGGUUCACAUCGCAACAAACGAAAAAUCUUGAGAAUCGCUUCGCCAGCUCAAAGUACCUGUCACCCGAAGAACGGCGGCACCUUGCGCUCCAACUCAAGCUCUCCGAUCGCCAGGUGAAGACUUGGUUUCAAAAUCGACGUGCCAAAUGGCGUCGCUCCAAUCAAACUAAACGAACAUCACCCUCACACAUUUUGAGUCAAGCGCUGGACAGUAGUAGUGGCAGGACUGUUGGUAACAGCAGCAGCUCGAGGAGUGCUAUGCCGCAUUCUAGUAGCACUGGCAGUGAUUAUGCUCAAAUCGAUAGCAGUCGUGAUUUGCUUUCAGAGGAGGAAGACGAUGAUGAUAUCGAUGAAGUUGAAGACAGCGAUGAAGAAAAGGAAAAGAUAAGGAGGAGUGAAUAGCAAUAAAAUCCACCUUUGAGGUGGAUAAAUUAGGGGGAUUGCGUUUAGUUUUUUAUUUACAAAUUUAAGUGUUAUAAAGUUCUAUAUUUAUUUUAUG